AUGGGAGGCUCGGCUCGCGGGCCCGGGCGGAAGGAUGCGGGGCCGCCCGGAGCCGGACUCCCGCCCCAGCAGCGGAGAUUGGGGGAUGGUGUCUAUGAUACCUUCAUGAUGAUAGAUGAAACCAAAUGCCCACCCUGUUCAAAUGUUCUCUGCAAUCCUUCUGAGCCAUCUCUGCCUAGAAGACUAAAUAUCACCACUGAGCAGUUAACAAGAGAGAAUACCCAGCGCUUUCUGAAUGGAGGUGAGAUGAAGGUAGAAGAGCUGUUUCAAGAAUUUGGCAACCGAAGAGCUGACACUUUCCAGUCGGAUGGCAUUCACAACUCGGAAAAGUGCUCUCCUGUCUCUCAGGGUAAAAGUUCAGAUAGCCAGAGCACGGUGAAAUCCGGCAAUUCACCCAAAGCCCCCAGAGUGGUGCCUCUGACCCCGGAGCAGGCACUGAAGCAGUAUAAGCACCUGCUCACCGGUUACGAGAAGCUGGAAAUCCUCAAUUACCCAGAAAUUUACUUUGUGGGUCCAAAUGCCAAAAAAAGGCAUGGAGUCCUUGGCGGUCCCAAUAACGGGGGGUAUGAUGAUGCCGAAGGGGCCUACAUUCACGUGCCUCGAGACCACCUCGCUUAUCGCUACGAGGUGCUGAAGAUUAUCGGCAAGGGGAGCUUCGGACAGGUCGCCCGGGUCUACGACCACAAACUCCGACAGUACGUGGCCCUGAAGAUGGUGCGCAACGAGAAGCGUUUCCAUCGCCAAGCCGCCGAGGAGAUCCGGAUCCUGGAGCAUCUCCGGAAGCAGGAUAAGACCGGCAGCAUGAACGUCAUCCACAUGCUGGAGAGCUUCACGUUCCGGAACCACGUGUGCAUGGCCUUCGAGCUGCUGAGCAUAGACCUGUACGAGCUCAUCAAGAAAAACAAGUUUCAGGGUUUCAGCGUCCAGCUGGUACGGAAGUUCGCUCAAUCCAUUUUGCAGUCCUUGGAUGCGCUCCACAAAAACAAGAUCAUUCACUGUGACCUGAAGCCAGAAAACAUCCUCCUGAAGCACCACGGGCGCAGCGCCACCAAGGUCAUUGACUUCGGGUCCAGCUGUUUCGAGUACCAGAAGCUUUACACGUACAUCCAGUCCCGCUUCUACAGGGCUCCGGAGAUCAUCCUGGGGGGCCGCUACAGCACCCCCAUCGACAUGUGGAGCUUUGGCUGCAUUCUCGCAGAACUUCUAACCGGACAGCCCCUCUUCCCGGGGGAGGACGAGGGGGACCAGUUGGCUUGUAUGAUGGAGCUGCUAGGGAUGCCACCGCCCAAGCUGCUGGAGCAGUCCAAACGUGCCAAGUACUUUAUUAACUCCAAGGGCCUACCUCGCUACUGCUCCGUGACUACUCAGGCUGACGGGAGGGUGGUGCUGGUGGGGGGUCGCUCGAGGAGGGGUAAAAAGCGAGGUCCCCCAGGUAGCAAAGACUGGGUGACAGCUCUGAAAGGGUGCGAUGACUACUUGUUCAUAGAGUUUUUGAAAAGGUGUCUUCACUGGGACCCCACCGCCCGCCUGACCCCAGCUCAAGCACUAAGACACCCGUGGAUCAGCAAGUCUGUACCCAAAUCUCUUACCGUGGAGAAGGUGUCAGGGAAACGGGUCGUGAAUUCCGCAAAUGCUUUCCAGGGACUGGGUUCCAAGCUGCCUCCUGUCGUUGGCAUCGCCAACAAGCUUAAAGCUAACUUAAUGUCAGAAACCAAUGGUGGUAUACCUCUGUGCAGUGUGUUGCCAAAACUGAUUAGCUAA